AACAGAACAGAACAGAACAGAACAGAAACUCUCUCAUUUAUUCAUUGACUUCUACUUCCACAUUUUCCACUGUAGCCAGUAGCUAGCUAUGAACUCGAGGGUCAUUGUUGUUGCAACUGUGCUUGCACUCUUCGCCAUCUCCUUCUCCUUGUUCAACCCACAAAGCCUGUUUGCGCCACCUCCUGUUCCUGGAUCCAAGGACAUCCUUCCCUCUGCUCGGAUACUCAAUGUCACCGGAGCCGUUGGACCGGAGAGUCUUGUUUUCGACCGUGACGGUGAAGGUCCGUACACCGGCGUCGCCGAUGGUCGGAUUCUGAAGUGGGAAGGGGAGGAACGAGGUUGGACUGAAUUUGCUGUUACCAGUUCCAAUAGGACGGAAUGUGUACGUCCAUUUGCACCAGAGUUGGAGCAUGUUUGCGGGAGGCCAUUGGGACUAAGAUUUGAUAAGAAAAGUGGAGAUCUUUACAUUGCUGAUGCCUACCUAGGCCUAAAAUCAGUUGGACCUACAGGGGGUUUGGCCACCCAGUUGGUAACAGAAGCUGAAGGUGAGCCUUUGCACUUCACCAAUGACAUGGACAUCAGUGAAGAUGAAGAUGUGAUUUACUUCACCGAUUCAAGCACAAUCUUCCAGAGAAGGCAAUUUAUGCUUAUACUUCUUAGUGGAGACAAGACCGGCCGGUUAAUGAAAUAUGAUAAGUCAACAAAAGAAGUGACAGUUUUAUUACGCGGCCUUGCUUUUCCCAAUGGUGUUGCUUUAAGCAAAGAUGGCUCAUUUGUUGUGGUAGCUGAAACCACUACUUGCAGGAUCCUGAGGCUUUGGCUUCAUGGACCUAAUGCUGGUCAAGUUGAUACUUUUGCUGUGCUGCCAGGUUUUCCAGACAAUGUAAGAAGAAAUUCUGAAGGGCACUUCUGGGUAGCUUUGCAUGCAAAAGGUAGUCCUUUUUCGAAGUGGGUUUCUUCCAAUUCAUGGGCUGGGAAGGCAUUGCUAAAGCUUGCAUUUAACUUCAAACAAUUACACUCAUCAUUUGCUGGGGGGAAGCCUCAUGCUACUGCUAUAAAGCUUAGUGAUAAAGGAGAGAUUUUAGAAGUCUUGGAAGAUUGUGAAGGGAAGAUCUUAAAGUUCAUCAGCGAAGUGGAAGAGAAAGAUGGGAAGCUUUGGAUUGCAUCAGUGUUGAUGCCAUUUAUUGGCAUCUAUGAUUUAUGAGAGUGCAUCAUAGAUAAGAUGCCAUUUGAAUUAACUUUUAAAAUAAAGAUAAGAUGUAGUUGUUUAUGCAGAUUGUGUAGUAUUAUCAAUUACUUUUGAGUUAUUGAUGAGGCUAGUUUUUACA